CUACAAAGGCCUGGUGUAGAAGAUGUGGCUGUCCUGAAAAAGGAGCUGGUCCAAGUUCAGACGCUGAUGGACAAAAUGACACUGGAACGUGAGAGAGAAUCUGAAAAGCUGAAAGACGAGUGCAAGCACUUGCAGGCAGAGCAGGCUAACUCAGAGGCUACCAUUAAUCAGUUAAGAGCUGAACUUGCCAAAGGACCUCAGGAGGUAGCUGUGUAUGUUCAGGAGCUGCAAAAACUACAGAGUUCAGUCAAAGAGCUAGAACAGAAAAACCAGAGUCUGACUGAGAAGCUGCUGAAGAAAGAACAGGACUACACCCAACUAGAAGAAAAACACAAUGAAGUAUCUGUGAGUAAGAAGAACAUCCAGGCAAGCUUUCACCAGAAGGACCUGGACUGCCAACAGCUUCAGGCAAAGCUGUCUGCUUCUGAAGCCGCGAUACAGAGAUUACAGACAGAGCUAGGUGAGAAGGGGGAAGCAAGCCAGAAACUUAAAGAAGAGUUGUCCGAAGUAGAGACAAAGUACCAGCAUCUCAAGGCAGAAUGUAAACAGCUCCAGCAGCAGAGGGAGGAAAAAGAGCAGCAUGGCCUGCAACUCCAAAGCGAGCUCAGUCAGUUGCACAGUAAACUUCUAGAAACAGAACGUCAGCUGGGGGAAGCACACGGGCGGCUCAAGGAGCAGAGGCAACUGUCUAGUGAGAAACUGAUGGACAAAGAGCAGCAGGUGGCCGAUCUGCAAUUAAAACUUUCUCGUGCUGAAGAGCAGCUAAAGGAAAAAGCAACAAAUUCCACAGAACUGCAACAUCAAUUAGAUAAGGCAAAACAGCAGCACCAGGAACAGCAGACACUUCAGCAAAAUACUACAGCAAAACUACGAGAAGCCCAGAAUGAUUUGGAGCAAGUACUACGACAAAUUGGAGAUAAGGACCAAAAAAUUCAAAAUCUUGAGGCUUUACUUCAAAAAAGCAAAGAAAACAUCUCUCUGCUAGAAAAGGAAAGAGAGGACUUAUAUGCAAAAAUUCAAGCUGGUGAAGGAGAAACUGCAGUUCUUAACCAGCUGCAAGAGAAAAACCAUGCAUUGCAAAUACAGGUAACUCAGCUGACAGAGAAGCUGAAGAAUCAAUCAGAAAGUCAUAAACAGGCCCAAGAGAAUUUGCAUGAACAAGUGCAGGAGCAAAAGGCACAUCUAAGAGCUGCUCAAGACCGUGUUCUUUCCCUGGAAGCAAACAUCACUGAACUAACCAGCCAGCUAAAUGAAAGUAAAGAGAAAGUAUCACAACUUGAUGUACAGGUAAAAGCAAAGACUGAAUUGCUACUUUCAGCAGAAGCAUCAAAAGCUGCUCAAAGAGCGGAUCUUCAGAAUCAUCUGGACACUGCUCAGCAUGCACUGCAAGAUAAGCAACAGGAGUUAAAUAAGGUCAGCGUUCAGUUGGAUCAGGUUACAGCUAAGCUGAAUGACAAGCAGGAAUACUGUGCUCAGCUGGAAGCCAAUCUUAAAGAGCACAAAGAGAAACGUCUUUAUUUAGAACAGAAAACUGAAGAGCUAGAGGGACAGCUUAAGAAACUUGAAGCUGACAUUCUUGAUGUUAAAGCAAGCAAAGAACAAGCUCUUCAGGAGCUACAGCAGCAGCGACAGCAAUCUACAGAUUUAGACCUCCGAACAGCAGAACUAAGUAAACAACUUGAAGCAGCAAGAGAAGCGAUGUCUAGUGCUAAAUUGGAUUUACAGAAGAAGUCUGAGGCCCUCGAACAAGCGAAACAGCAAAUUUCAAAGCAGGAGGAGGAAAAGGCUGGCCUCAAACAAAACCUUGAGAAAUCAAAUCAAGAUACAAGUAAACAACUCAAGGAAUUAGACUGUAAAAUGCAAGCAGUAACAUCAGAGCUGCAACAAGUGAAAUUAGAGAAGGAUACGCUAUUAAAGGACCUUACAGCUACCAAAGACAAGCUCUCAAAAAGUUCUGAAUCCUUCAAAAAAAGAAAGGAGGAAUUAGAAAAAGAAAUACAAAAAGGAAAAGCAGCAGUGGCAGAAAUGGAAAAAUCUUGCCAAGAAGUAAAACACCAGCUCCAGGUACAAACAGAGACUGUAGCUAAAGAGAGGAAUGAAUUGAAAAACUCUCUGGAAAAGAAGGAGGGGAUUUCUAAACAGUUGUCGAUAGAACUUGAUUCAGCACGAGCGCAAGUACUGGAAAUUCAAGGUCUUCUGAAAGAGAAAGAAAAAAAUGAGCAACAUCUCCAGGGAAAGCUGAGAGAGUUAAAGGAAUCUUUUGAGCAGAAGAAAAAACAUAGCGAGACACUGCAAGCUGAAUUAAAAACUGCCCUUUUAGAAAAGGCAGAACUGGAGAAUAAACUGCAACAGCAGUCAAUUUUGUCAUCGCAGGAGCUUAAAGCAGAGAAAGUCAAGCUAGCAGAGUUACAGAAGACCCAUGAAAAACAUAAGGAAAACAUGGAGAAGCUGCAGCUGGACCUUAAUGAGCUGCUGGCAACCAGGCAAGAUCUUAAGUCCACAGAAGAAAAACUUGCUCUAGCUCAAGAAGAAUUAGUUUCCAGCAGAAAUCGAAUUGCUAGCAAUAACCAGCAGAUUCAGGAACUGAAGAAAGCAAAGUCUACGCUGGAGCAGGAUGCAUCAAAGAAGGAGCAGCAGCUGGGCGAGAAGACCAAAAUGUUACAGGAUCUUCAGAAUGACAGGAUUUUGAAAGAAAAAGACUUGGCUAAUGAAAAGUGUAAAACAACAGAGCUCCAAGAAAUAAGAAAUAGACUUGAAAAAGAAAGUACCAAGCUGGGUGAAGAGCUUAGAGCCUGCAAGCAAGAAUUUGAGAAGGAGGUAGCAAAUCUCAAGGAUGCAAAACAGCUAUUGAUUCAACAGAAAUUAGAGCUGCAGAGCAAAAUAGAUAAUAUGAAUUCAGCUCUGGAACAGGAGAAAAAAACCCAUCAAGCUGUCAAAGAUCAGCUGAAAAAGAGAGAAGAGGAGCUGAAGAAAGAAUGCACUGAAAUUGAAGCUAAACUGCACACAGAGGAAAAAGAGAGAGAAGAAGAAAAACGGAAACAUGAGGAAAAGGAGACCAAGCUCACUAUGCAGGUCACAGCUCUGAAUGAGAACCUGGCUACCAUGAAGAAAGAGUGGCAAAGCAGUCAGAGGCGAGUGAGCGAGCUGGAGAAACAGACGGAUGAUUUACGUGGGGACAUUGCCGUCUUGGAAGCAACAGUGCAGAAUAAUCAGGAUGAGAGAAGAGCCUUGCUGGAGAGGUGUAUAAAAAGUGAGGGAGAAAUUGAAAAGCUUCAAGCCAAACUUGUAGAAAUGAAGAAAAAGCUGGACAACACUACUGCUGCAAUGCAGGAACUUGGCCGAGAAAACCAGUCAUUACAGAUCAAACACACUCAAGCCCUCAACAGGAAAUGGGCAGAAGACAAUGAGGUACAGAAUUGUAUGGCCUGUGGAAAAGGCUUUUCAGUGACAGUGAGAAGG